AUGGCGACGCUGUCAAGGACUAGCCUGAUCGGAAUGACCGCUGUGGUUGUCGCCGGGAGCUUGACAUAUAUCCUGUACCAAACAGACCAGCUGCAGCCUCUGCCUCCGACCCGAUCACGCAGCGAGCUCCGCACCGAACGAGAGAAGCGGCAGGCGGUGCAAGCAAAAAAAGAGGACAUCGCCAGAGAAAAUGUCGACACCCUGGACGCUCUACCUUUCCAGGUGGAUGGGAAGCCAGUGUCCCUAGACGAUUCGGCUUGGGGGAGCUUCACGACGAAAUUCGCCGUCUUCUCUACGGCAGCCAAUUCCAAAUGGGGCUCGGUGACGGAAUCAAUUCUGGAUUUUGUGAUGCCGGAGUGGGCGAUGGUGCUGCCGGAAAAUUUUAGUAAGCUGCAGAAGGAGAUGUCGAUGGCGCCUGGCUCCUUGGCAGAUGAGAUAUGGCAGGAAGCACACGACCCUUAUAUCAAUCCAGAGAUUGAGUACUCGGCAUCUGUGCGUGUCUCAUCGGAGCUGUGUGAGGAAGAGGAGGAGUUUUUGAGGAAAAGGAGGCAGGUUACCAGGGUGGCUCUAGCGAAGUAUUUGGGACUGCCAGAGGAUGAAGUACACCCGGAUGAUGUACCCAUUAUUGCCAUGGUCGGGUCUGGGGGAGGACUGAGAGCUUUGGUGGCUGGGACGGGGUCAAUGUUGGCUGCAGGUGAGUCCGGCUUGUUUGACUGUGUCACUUACACGGCUGGUGUCAGUGGCUCUUGCUGGCUACAAGCGCUGUUCAAUUCUUCACUGGGUGGUCAAAGCAUGGAGAAGAUGGUUGAUCAUCUAAAGGCGAGGCUUGGAGUCCACAUUGCCUACCCUCCAGUCGCUCUCGCGGCCCUCAACUCUGCCCCUACGAAUAAAUUCCUCCUGGGGGGCUUCGUCGAGAAGCUCAAGGGAGACCCCAGUUCGGACUUUGGAUUAGUAGAUGUUUAUGGGCUUUUGCUGGCAGCAAGACUGCUAGUCCCAAGGGGAGAAAUUGGCGUUGAUGACCGGGACUUGAAAAUCUCACACCAGCGUGAUUAUAUCAAGCACGGCGAACAUCCAAUGCCUAUAUACACAGCAGUCCGGCACGAGAUACCUAUCAGCGAAGAAGCUUCAGAGGAAGAGAAGCUUGCGGAUACGCCGUCCGAAGAGACGAAGAUCAGAGCCAAAACGGAGGCCUGGUUUCAAUGGUUUGAGAUCUCGCCAUUCGAGAUGUUUUGUGAAGAAUUCGGAGCUGGUAUCCCGACCUGGAGCAUAGGCCGAAAGUUUGAGAACGGGAACGAUUUGCCUCAUGAUGAGGAUGGCAAUAGGGUACCAGAACUCAGAUUGCCGUUACUUCUCGGCGUGUUCGGGAGUGCAUUUUGUGCUACGCUUUCGCACUACUAUAAGGAGGUCCGGCCACUGCUGAGGGGUCUGGUGGGGUUUGGUGGCAUCGAUGGAAUGAUCGAAGGACGAAACAAUGACUUGAGCAAAGUCCACCCAAUCCUACCAGCUUCGAUACCAAAUUUUGUUUACAGGAUGGAAGACAAGCUCCCCGAAACGGUACCUGAGAGCGUCUUUCAAAGCUCCCAUCUACAAUUAAUGGAUGCCGGUAUGUCAAACAAUCUGCCAAUCUAUCCCCUGCUACGCCCAGGACGGAAUGUAGAUAUCCUCAUCGCAUUCGAUGCCUCAGCAGAUAUCAAGACCGAAAACUGGCUAUCGGUCGCUGACGGUUACGCCUGCCAACGUAACAUCGUAGGAUGGCCUAUCGGAGCCGGCUGGCCCAAGCAAACCGAUACAGCGGAGAAAGCCGCCGGCCAACUCGAAGAAGCACAGGCCGCCACUGUAGCCGAAGCCAAUUCCAAAGUUGAAGACGCAAAAGCAGAGCAAGCCGACCACCUGAAGGACCUUGAAAAAAACGGUGGCCAAGCCUCAAACACCACAGACUCCAACGAUGCUGGCGAUUUGGGCCACUGCACGAUCUGGGUCGGUCGGACGGAAGAGCGCUCUUCUGAGCCCGAAGACGUGAAAUCCAAAGCCGUGAGAGAGGACUGGGAGUUGAUGCAACCCGACGCUGGCAUUGCAAUUGUUUAUUUCCCAUUCAUCAGCAAUGAGAAGGUGCCCGGCGUGGAUCCGGUGACGAGCGACUUUAUGAGCACGUGGAACUUUGUGUAUACCCCGGAGAAUAUCGACAGCGUGGUCGCGCUGGCCAAGGCGAAUUUCGAGGAGGGGAAGGAGAGGACGAGGAGGUGCGUCCGAGCCGUUUACGAGAGGAAGAAGAAGCAGCGGGAGGAGCUUGAGGCCAGGGAGCACGAGGCGCGGUGGAGGAGGAAGGUGAGAUUGGGGAUUGUGGGGAAGAAGGGGGAAGGGGAUCAUUUUCACCUGACUUGA